GCAGCGAUGAAGAGAGCAAGGAUCUCAUGACGCUCCACAGUGACAUCACCGGGUCUGAAAGAGGCGCAAGAGGCGGAUGGGAGGCACCCCCACUUAUUAGAUUUCGUCGGAAGGUCCUGCUCGCAAGAGAAGAUGCUGCUGCGCCUCGGCGAGGAAGUCGGGUGAUGUGCGCCAGUGGAGCGGCUGAUUCAAGGGUUCUUCCCGAACUUCUGUCGCACCGAGGACCAAAAAAAAGCAACUCCUGAGGUCCACAGAGCUUAGUCCGAAAAGAGGGGAUCGUUUCAUAAUGUGAGGAAACGCUUCAGGAGCACAUCUGGCUCCGUGCGCCAGGUUGGAGAGCCGAAUGUUUACUUUUCCUCUUUUUCUCCCCUCCAUCCCCCCUUUUUGCUCGACCGACGGGAAACACUGGGACUGACGCAGCCUGUCCUUUGAAGUUAAGAAUAAGUAGCUUUUAUUAUUGAGCCAUCGUGAAAAUUUCACUUUUUUUCUCUUUCUUAUUAUUUAUUUGAUACGUGCGCGUCUCCAGACGAGGACGCACGGUCUGCAAAAGUGUCCAAAUUUAUCCUGAUCCAAUUAACAAAACUGAAUUAUACAUAUUUUAAUUGAAUUUCCUCGUAAUUGGGACACAACUUAAUCAUCAAAGACAAAUUGAGCGGAGCAGAAGUGUCAGUAGUUUUUCUGUAGUUUUAUAACUCCGAAAGGGCAGACGCACCACAUCAGAAAAAAAAUUACUUUUAAUCUUUUUUGAGGAAAUUAGUUCCAAGAACUGACAAGAAUCUGCUGUCUGCGCUCUGACGCAUUGACUUGGACUGGUUUUUGUGCCUAAAAUGGACUUAGAGAAAAUGUUAAGGAGGAGGCAAAGAAUCAAUCAUUUGACGGCGCUGAAAGAGAACUAACAGAAGCGAGAGAAAUAAUCUAGGCAUGGCUUCAGCAGUGGAGGGCGGCUGCUCCAUGCUGCUGACCGGCUGGAACAGCAGUGUGAGCGGCUCCGGAGGCUCCGCGCCCUGCAACCAGAGUGUCCGAUCCCUCGCCCCUUACUCCCCCGAAGCCACGGCGGCCUUCGCCACUGCCAUAACGCUGAUGGUCGUCUUCACCAUCGUCGGAAACAUCAUGGUCAUCAUCGCCGUGCUGACCAGCAGGUCUCUACGAGGUCCGCAGAACCUGUUCCUGGUGUCUCUGGCUGCUGCGGACAUUUUAGUGGCCACGCUGAUUAUUCCCUUCUCGCUGGCCAACGAACUGCUCGGCUACUGGUACUUUAAAUCUCUGUGGUGUGAGAUCUACCUGGCGCUAGACGUUCUGUUCUGCACCUCCUCCAUCGUGCACCUGUGCGCCAUCUCAUUGGACCGCUACCUGUCCAUCUCCCGGGUAACUUACGGGCGCCAGCGGACUCCCAGACGCAUCAAAGGCGCCAUCGUGGUGGUGUGGCUGAUCUCUUCCAUCAUCUCAUUCCCUCCUCUGCUCUCACUCAACAAGAGUGAGGUUAGUGAUGAGGCGAGUGAGAGAGGACCUCAGUGCCAGCUGAAUGAUGAGCGCUGGUACAUCUUGUACUCCACCAUAGGGUCCUUCUUCGCCCCCUGCCUCAUCAUGAUCCUGGUGUAUGUGAGAAUCUACCAAAUAGCCAAACAGAGAACACGCUGCCCUCCUGGGGAGCCCAGGAAGGACGGGGUCGCCUGUGCAACUCCAAGUCAGCCUGCACGACACAUACAAGCCAACGGAAAGGAUGAUGAAGAGAGCACUCCCCCUUCAGCAAGCAAAACCUCAAAUGCCAGACCCCCUACCCUUGCUGUCACCCCUUCCCCAUCCCCAGGAGACUCACAGAGUCCCCAGAAUCCAACCACUAAUAACCUCCUGCAGCCCCCUGCCCAGUCUCCAGCCGUCUCUCCGGUCACAACUCCCCCUGACACCUCGGCCCCCUCGUCCAACCCUGCGCCUCAGCAUGCACCCAAAACCAAGGAGGAGGUGAAGAAGGGCAAAAAACUGAGAGGGAAAAAGGCCGACAAUAACAAUGGCGACAGCUCGAGCACAGAGAGUGACGCAGAGCACAGCCAGGGAGGGGGCCGGGGGAGCGCCAGCAUGCCGGGGUCACCUGCUGGGGGGGGCAUCCACUCCCCAGCCUCAGUCAAGCGCUACCGUGACAUGAUUGCCACUUCGAAGGGCGCUCGCCUGGUGCCAGGAAGAAAGUCAAAAACAGAGAGCAAUCCGGGGGCUGCAAGACGUAAAGCAAUGGUCAACCGGGAGAAACGAUUCACCUUCGUCCUGGCCGUGGUCAUCGGUGUCUUUGUGGUGUGCUGGUUCCCCUUCUUCUUCUCCUACUCUCUGCAGGCAGUAUGCCCGGAGACCUGCAUCAUCCCCGACCCACUCUUUAAGUUCUUCUUCUGGAUUGGCUACUGCAACUCUUCCCUCAAUCCAGUCAUAUACACCAUCUUCAACAAAGACUUCAGAAAGGCUUUUAAAAAGAUUCUGUGCAGAACCACCAAGGGUACUUUCUUUUAGGAUGUAAAUGUGCUGCACAAAACGUGCACACAGAAAGAGCUUCUUCUGAGGCAAAACAGAAUAAUCAUUUCCAUUUUACCAAACACUCAAAGGGCUGUUUUAAAAUAUGUUAAAAUGUGGAGAUUUCAGUGUAAAAUUUAGAACUGAAGGACACUUUUUCAACCACAGUGUGCAAACAGACAAAUUGAACUGUGUUUAAUCAUGAAUUGAAGCUGGGGAUGAGUUGAAAAUGGGACAUGAAAAGGCAUAAGACUGCUUGGCGCUUCAGGACUGCUGAUAAGAUCCCGAAUGCAGCGUUUUAUCUCCAGAUUAUAUCGACUCAAGGACACAUCGCUGCAGAACUGCACACGAAGAGCUACAUGUUGCAGGAAAUGUUCUGAGAACCACGUUUUCAUUGUGAAUAAAGACUUUUAUAAUAUGUACAUACAAUGUUUUGUAAGUACCGGCUAUAGAAAGGCAAGUGGCCUUAGAUUCCUGUGCGCCUGGGGGCCUUUUAUUUAUCAGCACAGAGCACAAGGAGGACACAAGGUUAGCGGUGAUUUCUUACGUCUGCAGUCUUAAUUCGUCCCGCUGCAGGGCAAACAUGUGUUCCUUGAUUUUAAAGAGCAACAACAAGAGAAGGUUUCGAACGAUCUCAGAUGUGAUUUCACAAACAAGGGCGCCCUUUCAAACUCAACUUACAGAGUUUUCAUGUGGAAAGCCACCUUUGCUCUUGGCUUUUGCAGGAGUCCCAAAAAUGGCUCCUACUUUUUUCUUCUUUUUUUAAGAACUUAAAGGAGAUGUGGGUCAUUUUUGAACUCGUGUGUAGGUUAUUGAAGUGUGGGCCUUAUGACAUGUUGUUUCCUGUGUUUAACUGGACUGUCACUUUGAACGGACUGGACCACGAGGACCUCUUCCAACUAACUGGACAUCUAUGUAACCAUCAGAACUGCUUUAAUCCUCCUUCAGAGCUCAUUAAUGUGAGCUGCAUCUGUUGAAGACUGAAAAAAAAGUUGAAUACUAUUUAAACUCCAAGCAUUAUUUUCAGAGAAAUAAAACUGCUAGUAUUUACCAGGUAGACACUUAGAGCGACUGUAAAAGGUGGAUGAACAAUGCAAUUAUGGGUGCAUGAUGUUCCCCUUAAUUACACCUACAGGGGUCAUGGUGAACAAUGUGUCUGAGUGGCUCUUCAGCAGCACCUGGGACACAUCGUCACCCGCAGCAAAACCUCUCUGCUGCAGGGAGGCAAGAGAGGAUAGAUGGAUGGCAGAGGUAUUGACAGUGAUGAAAACAAGAGAGGAAGAUGUGUCUAACUGUGAACGCCACAACAGGCUUAUUAUUAACUCUAUGGGACAAGGGCUGUCAGCAGUGACACACCAAUUUCCUAAUCCUGCUGACCUGUGUGAAUGUGUAUGUGUGUGUUUCUGCAUGUGGGACGACUUUAUUGUUCUUUUCUCCGUCUGUAGAAACAGUCAGUGCCUCGUCUGGCUGCGAUGCUGCAGAUCUACUGUAAUAUUGAUCAGAGCAGAGACCAGAUUUACAGGUUCAGGCAACAUAUUGCUGUCAAUGAAGAGACCUCUACAUUGAGACAGUGUUACCAAACUGAAAGUCAGUGUUUCUCUUUAUGUGAACUGAGUGCAUGGCUUUCUAGUGAGCACCCUGCAGGGACCAAAGAGCCUUACAGAACACCAGCCUGACUCAGUGACAUCUGGCUCUGUGACGUAUUUACCUAGUAUUACUUCUUCUUUUUUGUUUUGGUGUAUAUGAUGAAACGCACAGAUUGAAGAUUUAUUUGCCUUGCAUUUUCUGUCUGUAACCUAUUUAUUUGUAAUUAUACUACGCUUUUAUGCAGAGAAUGAAGCCAACCGAACAAAGAAUGAGAACGCUGUACAAAUUUUUAAGUUCCUUGACGAGAGCGAAAGUUUCUUUUUGCCAUCAAAGUUAGUGCUUGGUGAGAGUGCAGUUUAUUUUAACUCAAAACAACAAGAACUCUUGAGGAUUUUGUGCAGAAUCCAAAAAUGCAAAAUUUGCCAUCAUUUCAUCUAGUCGUAGUGACGUGAAAUCGUUCAUCGGAGUUACAAGCACAUUCAGCAGGGGACAAUUUUUACCAAGCUUAAAACUCUGCAGCAGGAAAACCUCUGCCCUCGUCAAACUUUCCUUGGAACAGUAAUCGAGCAUGAAAAUGUCAAUGGUUUGUAGGACGUUAAGGCCACGAUCCAUGUCACAUGGAACUGCUGGGAGGUUUAAAUAUGAUUUAAUCAAACCGAUGUGAGCGGGAGCUUUGUACACUUGUUUAACAGUUCCCUGGUUUCCUUUACAAAAAAUGCUGCUUCAGUUCCAUGAAAUGACAAUAAAAAAAUAGCCACAAAGGUCAUGUUCAUGUUGGUUUUUAAUAAUUUUGUGUGACAAAGAUGUUCAAAACUCACCAAAUAAAGUCUCCUGUGACAAGAGUCCUACUUUGUUUAUUUAAAAAAGUCAAAAUUCAUGACUUAAAAGGUCACAGAUGCAGUUGAUUGCCAUCCUUCUGAAGCUCCCUGCUUUGUCUCUUCCUCAACUGUGUUUAGACCAAAUUUUCAGGUCUAAGCUUUACAAUCUACUAUCUCUCCCAUCUGUCAUGCCCCCCCUCACCCCCACCCCCAACACACACACCCUCCCAGUUCGAAAAUAAAGCAACUUGAAAAAGCAUGA